GCAGGGCCGACCGGGAGACCCAGACGCAGGCAGCGACCGAGCCGCCGCCGCUCCGCACCCGGCCGCCCCGCACCAUCCCCCCGAUGGCCGGCCGCCUGACCUGCUGCCUCCUGCUGUGGGCCCUGAGCUAUGGGGGCUGCCGCUCGCCUGCUGGGGAGGGCACCGACAGCCAGCCCGCCUGCCCCGUCCAGUCGACGGCCGCCCGGGACUCGUCCUCCCGCGGCCCCGACCCCCGCAGGGGCUCUUCGCCGCCCCCUGCGCUGGGCAGCAUCGCGCAGGACAUGGUAGCUGUCCACAUGCUUAAGCUCUACGAGAAGUACAACCGAGAAGGGAGCCGUCCCGGCGACGGCAACACGGUCCGCAGCUUCAAAGCCAGGCCGGAAUUCUUGACCCAGAAGCCAUUGUACUGCUUCAAUCUAACAUCCAUGCAGGAUUCAGAGAUGAUCCUUGCUGCCACUUUUCACUUCUACACUGACAAACGCCCUCGGCACCGAGAAGUGUUUUGUAAGCGGUCCAAGAACUCAUCCUGCCGCCUCCUUCACACACCUGCGAUCCUGCGACUCAAUCUCAUUUUCCAAAGCAUUCAUCAGAAUUCCGCCUAUGGACUAGUAAAAGGGAAUAUCACUAUGUUUCUUCAAAGACGAGGAGCUUGGCAUGCAAAGGACAUUUCACACAUCAUAAAAGAAUCAAAACUCGCUGGAGAGCUCAUUCUCUGUGCUGAACUUGACUCUAGGGAGAAAUACCAGGGCUUCCCUGAACAGGUCACCAGUCAUUUACCUUAUAUACUAGUUUAUGCCAAUGAUCUUGCAAUCUCUGAACCUAACAGUGUGGCAGUCACCCUACAGCGUUAUGAUCCAUUCCCUUCCAAUGAUGGGGAUCCAAAUGUAUCCCCUAACGCUUCUACUGAUACCCGAGUAAGGAGGGAUACAUACCUCUCUAGCUCUAUUCAGAACAAUGAGUUGCCAGAAGUAGAUUAUAACAACAAUAAAUACAACAAACAUGACAUAUGGGAGAAUGCCUACAAGUCCUUGAAACCAAAAGCCUCACGCAAAGACCGAAGGAGAAAAGGGCAAGAAAAUGCAGAAACACUUACAAAGUCUCAGGUGCUUAAUUUUGAUGAGAAAACAAUGAAGAAAGCAAGGCGAAAACAAUGGAAUGAGCCAAGGAUUUGUUCAAGAAGAUACAUGAAAGUUGACUUUGCUGAUAUUGGCUGGAAUGAAUGGAUCAUAUCUCCCAAAUCAUUUGAUGCCUACUACUGUGCAGGGGCAUGUGAAUUUCCAAUGCCCAAGAUUGUCCGGCCAUCAAAUCAUGCUACAAUCCAGAGCAUCGUAAAAGCAGUAGGAAUCAUUCCUGGCAUCCCAGAACCCUGCUGCGUUCCUGAUAAAAUGAACUCACUCAGUGUCCUGUUCUUGGAUGAGAACAAAAAUGUUGUUUUAAAGGUAUAUCCCAAUAUGUCGGUUGAAACUUGCGCCUGCCGAUAAGCUCAUACAAACGCAUCUUUAAUAAGAUCUACACAUCUGCCCAACUACAAUGGGAAAGCUAUAAAUGGGAAAUCCACUUGUGUUGAUGAAUGAAUGCAAGUCUACAAUUCCUCUACAGAAAGCAUGCGGAGAGACUAAAACAAUACACGUGCACACCUUGAAAGAUGUGUCUUACCAUCAUUAUUUGUCUUUCAUAUUCAUCUCUCAGAAACUCAAUAGUUUUACAAAUACCUUCCUAACCCAUAUAUCCAAGACACCUGGUGUUUAGCAAGAAAUUUAAGUGUUAAGUUUUCCAUAAUCAAAGGACUAAAAUAUGUUUUUAUAUGCUACUUUUAUGACCAUUUUAUCUCUUCAGUUAACUGAGAAGAUGGGAAGUGAAACUGAAAAGUCAGGCUUAUUUUAGAAUAUCACUUUUGUACAAAAGUCAAAAUCUUUUGCCUAAAAAACUCAUACUUUUAAUCUGCAUAUUUAUACUGAAAAAUGCUGUAAUAAAGAGCUUAAAAUGUGUAUUUUCUUCAGGAUGCAAGUGUAAUGCACUGCAUAAACUUCCUAUAAACAGUAUGUUAAUACAGCCAUCUUUGGUUACCCCUCCCUAAUAUAUAAUUUGUUCAACAAAAGAUAUUCAAUAUCCCCCACUUCUGGGUUGCUUGAAAAUUUCAGGUUAUUAAAUGCAUUCUCUGAGUAACACAUACAAUAUAGUAAUAUGUUGAAAUACUAAAAAUAAAAUAACCAAGAUUUAUAUUUUUGUAAAUUAUACUUUAUAUCCUCUAGAUUGUUACAUGCUUUUAACAAAAGCUAAUAAACUAAAUGUACAGUAGUAUCUAAAAA